UCCAAAUCUAGACGACAGUCCCAUUUGUAGUUUUUUCUGUGGACAAAUAGAAAAGCAUGCUUCUUGUAUUUCACUCUGCUAGACCGAAAGUACUGCUGAUGGGAAAUCAAAACGGAGCUGAAGCUGAAGUACAGUGUUCCCUGCUAUUAUUAAUUCUUUCAUUAUUAUGAAAUCUUUCAUUAAACUCGUGUCCAAGUUUUCUAGAAAUUUCUGGCUACUUCCAUGUCAGCUUCCUGCUUUGUCAGAGUGGCACCUUGAGGAAUUCUUUGAGCUCUGACCGUCUGCCUUGAGGAGAUCGUAAUCUCCUGUGGCCAGGGUGGGGCAAAAGGCUUUGUGACAUCGCAGGGCGGGACAUGACAUCAGUCUUUAAGUCACAUUGGCAGCCUCCCCCAGCACAGCCAUUUGAGUCCAGCUGGUGGUCACUGCUGGAGCUCUGCUCUGGGUGACAGCCGCUUCUGUGUUGAGAUUGAUCUUUGGGAGAGAACAGGAUGAGGCUCAGCCUGACUCUCUUCCUGAGCAUAGCUCUCUCUCUGUCCCCACUUGCUGGAUUCAGCUCCAGCUGUUGCAGCUAUUUUGCCUGUAUUUGUAGUGGGCACAAAAAGCCAGACCUUCCUCCGCAGGAGGAGCAUCCAGUUGAGAGCAGGACCUCCAGCCGGCCCUGCUGGUUUGGCUUAGCCACCUGCCAUGUAACAAUGGAGGAUGGGGACCAAAAGACAGUAUUCCAGGAGCAGCAGCUGCGCAUUAAUGCCCAGCUUCGUGCCUCCAACUGGCCCCACCAACUAGGCCUUUCCAAACGCCCCAGGUGGAUCCGGUACAGGGUCAGCAAGGUUGUCACUCCAGGAGAACCAAAGCAGCAGUCCCUGGGCCCCAAGCAGAAAGUCCUGAGCUUGCACGAUACCCUGGGCCGCCUCUGGGACAACCUUGAGCAGAGAGGGGUAACUUGGAUCCUCAAGGAUGUCUUGAAGCACAUUGGCUUCCUGAUCCUGCUGAGCAUUGCCCAUGGCGUCUGGAGAAGUCUAAGACAACUAUGGGGACAGGAAACGGGAUCAACAGCUUCAGUCUCCAGAAGAGCAGAGCACCAGGGAAAUGAAGACAUCAUUGUUUCUGACCUGCUCCGCCACAUGGAGGCUAACAUGGACUCAAUGGAGAGGCACUUGAGGAUCCUCGUCCAGUCCCACAGGGAAGCAUGCAGGAGCAUGCAGGAGAGGCAGGCAGCAUACGAUACGGGGAACAGAAAUAAUCCCUCUGCAAACUUCACAUCCAGCACUGUCCAGGGUGCUCGUUCUACGGAUAAAUAAUCUCUUUCUAAAUAAACAUAACAGUUCAUAUCUCAUCACAGUCAUACACUUAUGAACCAAGUGGUUUUAGUUGGGGCUCAGUUUUGUGAGCAGGAAUAAUUCAGAGGCUACAUACCAUCCUCCGUUCACAAACACCAACUCUGGAAUACCACUGAAGGCUCAGAGCAUACAUAACGUCUCAUCUCUGAAUGUGCAUACAUACAACGUCAAGAAUUGGGCCACCGCCAUCUUAGGAAGGUGGGUCAGAUCUUUCACCCAUCCCUGAAUUGGCAGGGUGGUCUUAACUAUGAUUUCAGCCGUUUGGCUGAUUGGCUCUACCGCCUGUCAAUGUGGAAGUAGGCAGCCAAUAACUGUUCUUCAAUCAUACUGUAUCUUUCUUCUGCUCCGUCCCAGACCCGAGAUCAGAAUCCAAAGGGGGUCCAAACAGAACUUUGGUGUUGCCACAGGCCCCAGCCAAAGCCAACCUGAGGGACACGAAUGCCCAGCUCUGCUGGGCGGGUAGGAUCAAAUUUAUCCAAUGCCUGGGCGUGUUCAACUGCCAGUUUUGCCUGGUGGAAAGCGUCCUGUUCCGGUGGAGAAUGGGUUGAGAGCAGCCCUGAGGACAAGCAUUUGGGAGUGUUGUUUGAUGAUUCAACACGAGCCAGCAAUAUGUGCUUGCAGCCAGAAGGCCAACCGUAGCCUGCGUUGCGUCAAGAGAAGUGUGACCAGCAGGUCGAGGGAGGUGGGUCUGCCCCUCUGCUCUGCUCUCAGGAGACCCGACUUGGAGUACUGCGUCCAGCUCAGGAGCCCCGAACACAAGAAGGACACCGAGCUAUUGGAGUGGGUCCACAGGAAAGCCACAAAGAUGAUCAGAGUGCCAGAGCAUCUCCCCUAUGAGGAUAGGAGGAAAGAGCUGGGGCUCUUCAGCCUGGAGAAGAGAAGGCUCCAAGGAGACCUACGAACGGUGUUCCAAGACCUGAAGGGGGCGUGCAGGAAAGCUGGGGAGGGACUUUUUAAUAAAGGCACGCUGCGACAGGACGAGGGGAAAUGGCUUUAAACUUCAAGAGGGCAGAUGUAGUCUAGAUAACAGGAAGAAAUGCUUUACUUUUACUGUGAGGGUGGGGAGACCCUGGAACAGGCUGCCCAGCGAGGUUGUGGAUGCCCCCAGCCUUGAGGCAUUCAAGGCCAGCCUGCAUGGGGCUUUGAGCAGCCUGCUCUAGAGGGAGUUGUCCUUGCCUACAGCUGGGGAUUUGGACCUACACCAUCUUCAAGCUCCCUUCCAAGCCUAACCGUACAAUGACUCCAUGGAUGGGAGGAAGUGGAGCUGGGAUUUGGGUGGAGAGGCCCGACCCUGAGCUGGGUGCGUGGCUGCCCUCCUGCGUGCCAAGGAGCCACGUUGGUCCAAAUCUAGACGACAGUCCCAUUUGUAGUUUUUCCUGUGGACGAAUAGAAAAGCAUGCUUCUUGUAUUUCACUCUGCUAGACCGAAAGUACUGCUGAUGGGAAAUCAAAACGGAGCUGAAGCUGAAGUACAGUGUUCCCCUCUAUUGUUGAUAGUCAUCCAUUAAACUCGCGUCCAAGGUUUCCAAAACCUUCUGGCUACUGCCAUGUCUGCGGUAAUCGGGACAAAAAGCCAGUCCUUCCUCAGCAGCAGCAUCCAGUUGAGACCUGGACCUCCAGCGGGCCCUGCUGGUUUGGCUUAACCGCCUGACCCAUCAGGAGUGGGAAUGGCAACAAAAUGCUGGUGCUUCCUGAGUUGUAGCUGCUCAUUGAUACCCAGCGCCGUGCCUUCUACUGGCCCUGCUGGCUUGGUCUAUCCACCUGCCAUGUAAUAACGAGGAUGGGGACCAAAGUAGGGCAUCCCACAAGCAGCAGCUGCACAUUGAUCCCAGCGAUAUGCCUUCUACUGGCCCUGCUGGCUUCUGGCUACUUCCAUGUCAGCUUCCUGCUUUGUCAGAGUGGCACCUAGAGGAAUUCUCUGAGCUCUGACCCUCUGUCUUGAUGAGAUCCUAAUCUGAAAAGGCUCACCAGGGCACAUGGGCAUAGGAAUUGAAUGUUGUUUCUGCAUUAGAUAUUGAAAAGGAGGAAUUGAUCUGAAGAAGUAGAGCACAAUAUUUCUUUAUUUUGUAACUUGUCCUUAGAAAUAGCUGAUUUGAAAAAAGUAGGCAUAGCAUAUAUGUUAGUAACAUACUUUAGAAAUACAGUUGGUGAAUUGUGUGAUUACUUCUUGCUUGCAAAACUGCAAUAAUUUCUAAAUGUUCCAAAUAGUACAGGUAUAGUGUUAUGAACUAGAAAGCAUAUUGCAGGGCUAUUCUGCUUGGGUAAGAGACCCUCAGCAAAAGAAAAACAGACUUAACAAUCAUCAAGAAAGCCAGGGCCUCCACACAAGGCUGGAUUGCCUUGCUCUGUGGGUAGAUUGGGAUGCAACAGGCAGGCACCAAGAUACUCCCCCGUCCUCCUUCCAAGCUUAUCUCUAUGCAAGGAUGAGCUGAUGUCCAGAAACAGUGACCGAGUGUUGAAUGAGCAAAUGUGAGAAGUUAACUAAUUAGCGAUAUAUGCUUAGCGAGCAAAAAUUCAUGUUUAGCCAGUAUCUGUGUGUUUAGUGUUUAGUUGAGCGUCAGGAAGAUUGUGAACCUGAAGUAUUCAGCCAAUGAGGAACCAGGGGAGAAAGAGAUAAGUGUUGAGUAAUAGGGCAUAAAAGAUGUAACGCUAAGAUGUAAGGCUGUUUUCUGCGUGUUCUCCUGCUUGCAGGAGGCCCGCCAUUGCAAUUGCAAAUAAAAUCUGCUUUAUCAGAGAUACCAUCCUGAUAAAUUAUUUGGAUAUUUCCAACACCUCCCAAACAUGAGGAAGUACAUGGAAAAUUCAACUAAAAAAGAGGAUUAUUCUAGAUGGGCCAUAUGUUUGUCUGAAUAAAUUUAAAAUUAAUUUAAAUCAAACAACUACACUGCAAUAUAAGAUGAAUAUAAACUCUAUAUGUCCUAACACAGCCCAUUGGGAUCACUGAGGCUGCCCCAUGCUUAGCAUUAUGGAAUGCUCCAAGUCCCUGCAGAGCCCAUGCAAACAGCAGCUUGCAGCUUAGCUGAAGACCAGAGGGAUCCAUGUCCAGUACUGAGCAUACAGCAUUGUCAUUCUUUUUCCAGGUUUGACCUAACAAAAAAGAAAUGAGAGGCAGAGAUAAUUGAUAAAUUGUGUCUCUGGCUGUUGAGCACUCCUUUCUGUACAUUAAACAGGUUGAGUUCUCUGACUAUUACAGUUUAUUUAUGCUGUCUCCAAAUGGAGGAAUGAGCACUUUUUCCCUGACACAAAUAAGGGUUGUCUGCUGCCUUCCCUGGCAGCACUGCCGAAAGCCUCUUUCUGGGAAGCAAGAAGUUAUGACAUUUUUGGAAGGAUCUGUCUAACCACUGGGAAAAAAAAGUAAAUUUAAAAAAAAGAAAAAUCCCUAUUAAAAAGCAGAGGAAUAGUUUCUUUUUAAAAAACAUAUGAAGAUACAUAAACAUAUGUAAAGAAUACUUGAAAAAAAAAAAGUACCUGAGAAACAGUUCUUUCCAGUCUUAACGUUGCCCUCAUGGGGAUGAGCAUACAAGGGUAAUGUGCUCUGCUGUUUUGUUCCAACAAACAAUUCCCAGUUAUUUAGCUCUUGUACAACCAAAGGACAGAUAUAAGCAAUUCACACACUGAUAACAGAAACUCAUGGAAAACAUGAUAAUAAAAUAUUUCUUAAAAGCAGCAGCAAGGCUUGGUGCUUGAAUGUAAAGCCAUGGCAUGGAAAUGACGCUCAAGGGCCGCUAGGGCGAGCUCUCGCCCAAUAAAUCGAGCCCAAAUCCCUGAUGUUCGCGUCCUUACCCACCUUAUUUUUCUCUCUGGCUCUGCUCUGCAAACCGAGAAUAUGACAGCUUUAUCCCUUC